AUGAAUCGACCUCAGCAACGAGACCCGGGUUCAACGGACUCCUACACGGUAGCAUGGAUCUGCGCCCUGGAAGAAGAAUAUUUCUGUGCAUGCCGUAUGCUUGAUGAAGAGUUCACCGGGCCGGAGAUCAGUGAAGAUUACGAUGAUAACACGUACGUCUACGGUCGUAUUGAGAAGCAUUACGUGCCGGUCGGUAUGGCACCAAUUCAGCUGCCUGUGUUGCCCGAGAUAUGGUUCGAACGUUCCCCCAUCUACGGGGAUGUAGUCGUGGUCGGUUCCAGAGGACGGGUCAGCUCAACGCGCCGCCUGAGAAACUUCUGGGAGUUAUUCCGGAGAUGCGCCGACUAUUCAGUGAUAUUAGGAAGCCAGACAGACUCGCAGAACAUCUCCAGCGUCUUGAUGAUAUGGAAGAUUAUAAACGACCAGCCGUUGACCAGCUUUAUGCCAUCGAAUCUCCGCCAGUGGAUAGAAAAGCUUGCGACGAAGUGGUCCGCCCAGAGCGCCGCAGCCACCGUGUAUUCCAUGUUCACUACGGAAAUAUCGCGUCAGGAAAUACUGUGCUCAAGGAUGCUAUCGUGCGAGACAAAUUUGCAAACGACCCAGAGCUGA